GAAAGGGAGGAGGGGGAGAGAGACUCUGGGCUGCCGCCGCUGCCUUGUGGGUUUCGUUACACUCGCUGGCAGGCUGGGUGCCGGCUCCCUCGCCCGCCUGCCUGGGAAAGUGGGUUACGGAGGGAAGAGGCUCAGCUCAGACACUGGCAAAGGAGCAUCCAGCCACCGAGGGACCAGAGAACACCUUCCUUUUUGCCGCCUUCUCGUCACCUUUUUCUAGAGGGUUUUUUAUAUUUGUACUCUCUUCUUUGAAAUUUUGUUCCUUUGACUUUUUCCCAUCUCUGCUCGGGUUUUACGAGGGCUUUGUUAAGUCUUAAGAGGGAAAAGAGGCUGAGCCGGGCAAAGAGAGAGGCCAAGUGGAAAGGACCGCAAAUUGGCAAAGCCCGUUCUGCCUUUGCCGUGGAUGAAAGCCCUCUGUUUGUAAAGCCCUCUCGGCGCGAGCAGCACGCGCACACCCUCCAGAGUCGCCCGCGACCCGCACCUCGGCGUGGCCACCAUGGUCGCUAGAGUUCAGCCCGAUCGGAAACAGUUGCCGCUGGUCCUACUGAGAUUGCUCUGCCUUCUUCCCACAGGACUGCCCGUUCGCAGCGUGGAUUUUAACCGAGGCACCGACAACAUCACCGUGAGGCAGGGGGACACGGCCAUCCUCAGGUGUGUUGUAGAAGAUAAGAACUCGAAGGUGGCCUGGUUGAACCGUUCUGGCAUCAUUUUUGCUGGGCAUGACAAGUGGUCUCUGGACCCCCGGGUCGAGCUGGAGAAACGCCAUUCUCUGGAAUACAGCCUCCGAAUCCAGAAGGUGGAUGUCUAUGAUGAGGGUUCCUACACUUGCUCGGUGCAGACACAGCAUGAGCCCAAGACCUCCCAAGUUUACUUGAUCGUGCAAGUUCCACCAAAGAUCUCCAACAUAUCCUCGGAUGUCACUGUGAAUGAGGGCAGCAACGUGACCCUGGUCUGCAUGGCUAAUGGCCGUCCUGAACCUGUUAUCACCUGGAGACACCUUACACCAACUGGAAGAGAGUUUGAAGGAGAAGAAGAGUAUCUGGAGAUCCUCGGCAUCACCAGGGAGCAGUCAGGCAAAUACGAGUGCAAAGCUGCCAAUGAGGUCUCCUCGGCGGACGUCAAACAAGUCAAGGUCACUGUGAACUAUCCUCCCACUAUCACGGAAUCCAAGAGCAAUGAAGCCACCACAGGGCGAAAAGCUUCCCUCAAAUGUGAGGCCUCGGCGGUGCCCGCGCCCGACUUUGAGUGGUACCGGGAUGACACCAGGAUAAACAGUGCCAAUGGCCUCGAGAUUAAGAGCACGGAGGGCCAGUCCUCCCUGACGGUGACCAACGUCACUGAGGAGCACUAUGGCAACUAUACCUGCGUGGCUGCCAACAACCUGGGGGUCACCAAUGCCAGCCUCGUCCUUUUCAAGCGUGUUUUACCCACAAUCCCCCACCCUAUUCAAGAAAUUGGCACCACCGUGCACUUCAAGCAAAAAGGACCUGGGUCAGUGAGAGGAAUCAACGGAUCCAUCAGUCUGGCCGUACCACUGUGGCUGCUGGCAGCAUCUCUGCUCUGCCUUCUCAGCAAAUGUUAAUAGAAUAAAAAUUUAAAAAUAAUUAAAAACACACACACACACAAAAAUGCGUCACACAGGAUACAGAGAGCGAGAUGGGGGGAGACUGUUUAUUUCACAACUUUGUGUGUUUGUAAAUGAAGGGGGAAAUAAGAAAACAAAGGAGAAAAAACAGCAUUUAAAACGAUUUCACAGUCCAUCAAUAAAAAUUGGAGUAUAAUUCAGGGUGGGGAAAGUUCUCCCAGGGUAUGUGUGUAUCUAAGCAAAUGUACACUGUAUACAGACGCCAUCGUGGUAAGGAGAUCCCAGCGUUGUAAAAAUAAGAAGUACCAGAUGGAUAAGAACCCCCUACACACACACUUACUCCUUCCUUCAUCCUUUUUCAUCCGUGGGGAAAGAAAAAAUAAGGUCUUGCCUUUGGUGUUUGUAUUUCCAUCCUCAUUUUAUUGUUUUUUAUUUGAGCUGACUCGUAGCCAUUCAGACCAUCUUUGGGAUCCAUGCUGGAGUCCUGCGUUGAGCCUUUAGCUGGCUCUCCUGCCUCCACUAUCUCUCCAAGUUCUAGGACCAUCUCCUUUCCCUCCAGGGUGUUCUAUCUCCCGCACAGCUGCCCCGGAUAGUCCCUUUUGGCCUCACGGCCCGCCGCUCCCCCUCGCUCCCGCCGCCCCGGGGCGCCAGCCACGCCGCAGAUGCCAGAAAGUGUGCGCCUUACCUCUCCCCUCCGCGCCGGCCGUCCCUCGCUCUCAGCGCGGGCGUCUGUGCGUGUGAGCGUGUGCGUCUCUCUCUAAAGCAUGCCGAGGGAAUGGUCCACGUGUACAUAGACCCAUUGUGCUGUCGAUACUGUCCUUCUUUGUGAUCUCGAGAUGCGGCUGUGCCACGGUGCCGGGGCACGCGGUGGGGCAGGAGGCAAGGAGCAGGGCCCCUCCCCCAUCACGGCGCUCACGGGACGUCAGCGUGUGUUCAGACCGAGCUGUGCCCCGCCUCCGGGCAGGAGCUCAUACUCCUCCUAGUCCGGUCAUCAGAACCCAGUCCAGAGUCACUCAGAUUAUCACUGUAAAUGAAAGUGCCUACUAUUGACGGGGUGAGCAAACAGCAGAAAGGAUCAGUGAUGUGGAUGAUGUGACCUAGGAUAGAAGGUUUCUGAUUUCACUCUUGUUUCACGAGUCUGAGGGAUUCACGUAUUUCCUGGCUUUUUGCAGACUUGGUCCUGCUCAGCUGCAGGAAUGAGUAGCAUGUGUUGAGUAAAUUCCCAGAAGCAGGAAGCUCUCCAAGCAUUAACCUCUAAGGAAAGUGUGAUGAGUUGCAUGGAGAUCACGUGGCUGUUUUGCCGUUUUGCCCCCUCCCUGAUCUUCAGAUAACACUGCAUUUGCCCCACAGAUUUCCCUGACUAGAGAUUUUUUUCCCCCCGAUUUCAGAUAAAGUACAGUGAGAGUGAGCAAGGGAGAAACACAGGAUGCCUGGGUCCCUACUCACGGUAUAAAUACUGUCAGAGCUCCAGCACAAAGCACUGACCGUAACAAAAAGGAAUCCACUCUUUGUGCUCCUUUGCAGACCUCUGUCCUAGUGUUCUAGGCUAAUACUUUAUUUGGUUGCCCCCAUUGUCUCCCUCUUGGUCCACCAGUGGUGUUACAGCACCACUGUUCAUAGUGGUCCAUCAUUAUCCAAGGCCAGGCCACUAGGAACGGCAUUAUAUUCCACCUUUCCUGCUCAUUCUAGUCUCCUGAAAAAGAUACAGUGGGGGAUACGGUGUUUUAAGUUUACAUCACAAGAGUCAUCUUGCCAUUAACACUGAAAUGUGAGUUCAUUCUUAACCAGAAGAGCUGGGAAACUUGUAAUAAUUUAGGCAAAAUUUGUAUACAUCCCAUGAAGCUUGGCAUCAGCAUGACAUCAGAAGGAUUUUCUUAGGACACACCUUACAGAGAGUGUUGGCUCUCUGUGUGUAAAUAUCUUUGUCAGGAAACCAACCAUUGCUUUCACUUAGACUAUGGGAGGCAUUGGAAAUGGCUCAGUUCAUGAAAGGACAGAGGAUUGUUACUGAGAUCAUCAUUGAAUGUAUUUCAGCAGAGCCAGCAGGACCUCACCAAGUCUUAGGGCCUGGACCUAGCUGUCACGUGAUAUACGACAGGAAACUUCGUAACUGCAACUCAGAAAAGGAAGGGAGAAGGAAGAAAGGGAGGAAAGAAGGAAGGGAGGAGGAAAUAGAAAGAAAAGGAGGGAGAAAGAGAGAAAGGAAGGGAGGGAGGAGCCAGGAGGAAGAAAGGAAGGAAAAUAAUCUGAAAUUUACCCUGAUACAUUUUAUUAACUGAAGGCUCUUUGCAGUGAGCUCAUCUUCAAAGGGAAAGGUCUUGUUGAUGAGCAGUGCUUUUAAGCUCUUCUAGGGGAUUCUGUCAUUUGUUUUAAAAGCUUAUCACCAGACUUCUCACAAUUUUGCAAUUUAGACAUGAAACGAAAGGACACAUUGGGCUUGGGAGUGGGUAAAAGUACUUGUGGCAGAUCCUGGCAUAAGACCAAAAUUCUUAUCCAAGAUGGUAGCUACGAAAAUGUAGAGAAGGUGAGCCACAUUCCUAUGCAGCAUCAAUUUAUGGACAAUCAGGGAUUUCUCUAACAGUUUAGGCUUCUUAGUCCAGGAAUAAAAGCUUAUCAUCCUUGGUGAUACAUAUUCCCCAUAUUUUGAAGAGUCAGCCACAACCUUAAGUGGAAGCUUUAGAGGAGUGCAUGCUAAUUUAAAGAUACAUAAAAAGAGAAAAGUAACAGGAGUUAAUUCAGUUUAGUGUCAGUUUCAGGAACAGAUCCCCAUGGCAUGUCACAGAUUUUAAUCAUACACCUAGAUUUCUUAUUGUCUCUAGCACAAGGACAAGGUCUUGGUUUUACCGAAGGAGAUUCUCCAUUGAAAGAAAUGUCUUUGCCAUGUCAGCACCAUUUGUUCCCUGAGUUUUAUUAUAAUGGUCCAUAUAUUAAACAUAAUUAAACACUUA